AGCGUUUAAAUGGUCUUUGUUGUGGAAGAUCCCCAGCCCCCAGUCUCAGUCCUAAUAAACUAAAGGAAAUGUAUGACAGCUCACACAUCCGAUCUGUACCAAUGCGUUUAGCGGCAGAAUGAAUGUGAAUGUAUUUAAAUAAUCAACAGUUCAGAUGGAGGAGAACCAGUAUACAUCACUGACGGUUCCCACGGAUUAUUUUCAGCAGUGGUACCAGUCCAGUCAGCAGCACCCGGAGGCCCAGUAUGUGAUGCCGUAUCACAACGUGGGCCAUUACACAGAAAGUUCCAGAGAUGAGCCUGUCAUGGCCGAGCUAUCCGUCCACAGGGAGCCACCUUCUUAUCAGGAAUCAUACAACCAGAACUACCCUUCAGCCCCAAACUAUUAUCACGAGGCAACGUACCAGCAGAACAUAAGGGAGGAGCAGCAGAGUCCUGAAGCUCUGCAUCACCCUCAGCAUCAACACACAAUACAAGAGCCAGAGCUGAGCUUUCAGCACCACACUGAGCCUGCGGGUGCACCUCAAGCUGUGAUACAAGUAAAAAAAAAAAGAGGGCGACCUCCUAAAAAGCCGGUGGCAGAAGGGGAGACGCAGGUGGAAGAUGAUGAGGCAGAGGCCUCUAAAAAAGCCAAGCGGGUUCUGAACCGCUUCAACGGCAUGUCAGUGGAUGAAGUUAUGGCCAGAACCCUUCCUGAUGUUAUUACCUACAACCUUGACAUUUUGAUAAUUGGAAUUAACCCUGGACUAUUGUCAGCCUUCAAAGGACAUCAUUACCCAAACCCAGGAAACCAUUUCUGGAAAUGUCUCUUUCUCUCUGGUCUGACUGAGCAGCAGCUCAACUACAUGCACGACCAGAGUCUGCCUGACAAAUACAGCAUUGGCUUCACCAACAUGGUGGAGAGGACUACGCCUGGCAGUAAGGACCUCUCAAGUAAGGAGAUUCGUGAAGGAGGACGACAGUUGCUUGACAAGCUACAAAAAUACAGACCCUUAAUAGCAGCUUUCAAUGGAAAAGGUAUUUAUGAAAUCUUCUGCAAAGAAAUCUUUGGUGUAAAGGCGAAGAAUGUGGAGUUUGGCCUACAGCCCUACAGAAUCCCAGAAACUGAAACAGUGUGCUACCUCAUGCCCUCAUCCAGCCCUCGCUGUGCUCAGUUCCCCCGUGCACAGGAUAAGGUACAUUUCUACAUCAAGCUAAAGGAACUGCGGGACCAGCUGAAAGGACUGACGCCCAGCCGUGAGGUGGAGGAGACACAGUACUCCUUCGAUCUGCAGAUUGCUAAAGAAGAUGCUAAAAGGAUUGCAAUCAAAGAGGAACAGUUGGACCCAGAGUAUGAAAGCUGUAGUGGUCUACGUGGCAACGAGAUGCAAAGCAGCAACUUCUCCAACUAAGAUGGAAGGAAGGGGAACAAACACACCAGUCGCAGUAACACAAGAAUUUCAUUCAGGACAGUUUGCCGGACGGAUGAGCGGCACCAGGAGCAGUGGAUACGAGAGCUUCUGGACCUGAGGCGUCACAGUGUGACUGCAUGUUUGUGGUGCUUUUUAAAUCACUAUUUAUUGCAUUUUUGUAAGACGUGCAUGUCCAGUGACUUAUUUUUCUAUUUUGAAAGAAUGACAUUUUAUGAUUUAUUAGUUGUAUUAAUGGGUAAUUGUAGUCUGAAAUUUCUAAUCUUGGAUUACUUAAUUAAAUCUCUUCCAAAGAAGCCA